CAAUAAAUACGAGAAGGAAGGACUCUCCCUAUCUCUCUCUCUCUCUUUCUCUCUGCUUUCUUCUCUUUCUUUUCUUGUUUGGCUUAGCCACCGGAGGGACUAGGGAGGUUUCAAAAAUGGCGGCGGCGGCGAAGACGACGGAACGGAAGAAACAGAUACCGCCGUACAUGAAAGCAGUGUCAGGGUCACUAGGCGGAGUGGUCGAGGCCUGUUGUCUCCAACCAAUCGACGUAAUCAAAACGCGUCUCCAGCUAGAUCGCGUCGGCGCUUACAAAGGAAUCUCGCACUGUGGCUCGACAGUGGUUCGCACCGAAGGAGUUCGUGCUCUCUGGAAAGGUUUAACGCCGUUCGCCACUCACCUCACGCUCAAGUACACGCUCCGGAUGGGAUCUAACGCCAUGUUCCAGACCUUGUUCAAAGAUUCCGAGACCGGAAAGGUCAGCAACCGUGGCCGUUUGCUUUCCGGAUUCGGCGCCGGCGUUCUUGAAGCUCUCGCCAUUGUUACACCCUUUGAGGUGGUGAAAAUUAGACUUCAGCAGCAGAAAGGAUUAAGACCCGAGCUCUUCAAGUACAAAGGACCUAUACACUGUGCUCGAACCAUCGUGAGAGAAGAAAGCAUAUUGGGGUUAUGGUCAGGUGCAGCACCUACGGUUAUGCGAAACGGCACCAACCAAGCCGUAAUGUUCACAGCAAAAAACGCGUUUGAUGUACUAUUGUGGAACAAACAUGAAGGAGACGGUAAAGUCUUGCAGCCAUGGCAGUCAAUGAUCUCAGGGUUCUUGGCUGGGACAGCAGGUCCGUUCUGCACAGGGCCAUUUGAUGUGGUGAAAACGAGGUUGAUGGCUCAAACCCGAGACAGUGAAGGUGGGUUGAGAUAUAGAGGGAUGGUUCAUGCCAUAAGAACGAUAUAUGCAGAGGAAGGACUAGUGGCUUUGUGGAGAGGAUUGUUGCCAAGGCUAAUGAGGAUUCCACCAGGACAAGCCAUUAUGUGGGCUGUUGCUGAUCAAGUCACUGGUCUUUACGAGAUGAGAUAUCUCCAGAAUGCUCCUUUAUAGAGAGAGACACUAAUUUUUCAAUCAGUGUUUCUUGAUGGUUUAUUUCUGAAAAUUCUUGUUAGGAUUUGGAUUUGAUCUACGCAAAAUCGAUUUGAUCAUGAAAAACAAUAAGAUGGUAACAACUUGUAACGAUUUUUUGUUUUAAUAUUAUAAUCAAACUUUGGAGUUCAA